UCUCCAGCGUCGCCCCGCGAUUCGACGGACCUGUUUCGUAUUCGUAGCGGUCGGUGGAAUUGGAACAAGAGUUGUUUAUGUGCUUACGGUAGGAAGUACUCUGUUAGUUACUCGAGAAAAACACAAUUAGUGCUUCAGCUUUGUGCAUUUUUCCCCUAUUUACAUUUUUAUCCACGAUUUACUCAUUGUGGUGUACCGUAUAUUUAAGGGAAGACCGCGUCUAUAUCCGACAAGCACAGGGCUGAAAUAUGCCGGAGGAACAGAAGUCAGCUGGUGGCCCACCAGAGGUAACGGCAGAAAAUGGAACCGGAACGAAUUCGCCAACAAAAAGUCCAGUUAGCAAAGGCAAAAUGGCCCUUGCGAGAAUCACCCUUCUUGAUGGGACCGUCAAAGAUUUCCACAUAGAUAGGAAAGCAAAAGGUCAGGACCUACUCGACAUGAUCUGUCAGAGUAUGAACCUGCUGGAGAAGGACUACUUCGGUCUCAUUUACGAGGACAGACACGACACGCGCAACUGGUUAGACCUGGACAAAAGGAUUGCAAAAUUUGUAAAAAACGAGCCGUGGAAAUUUAAUUUCGAGGUGAAAUUUUAUCCACCGGAUCCAGCUCAAUUGCAAGAGGACAUAACUCGUUAUCAGCUAUGUCUUCAAAUUAGGAACGACAUCAUCACAGGACGAUUACCGUGUUCUUUUGUGACUCACGCACUUUUAGGCUCUUAUUUAGUUCAAUCAGAAGUUGGAGAUUACGACCCGGACGAGCACGGUCGUACAUACUUGAAGGAUUUCAAGUUCGCCCCGAAUCAGACGCCAGAAUUGGUAGAAAAAGUAAUGGAUCUGCAUAAAACGCAUAAAGGUCAAACACCUGCGGAGGCAGAACUACACUACCUUGAGAACGCGAAAAAGUUAGCAAUGUACGGAGUUGAUCUCCAUCCUGUUAAAGACUCUGCAGGGGUUGAUAUAAUGUUGGGUGUAUGCUCGUCGGGUCUGCUUGUCUACAGGGAUCGAUUGAGGAUCAAUAGGUUCGCUUGGCCAAAAAUAUUAAAGAUAUCGUACAAGAGGCAUAACUUUUACAUCAAAAUUAGACCCGGUGAAUUUGAGCAGUUUGAAUCGACGAUAGGCUUCAAACUAGCGAAUCACAGGGCGGCGAAAAAGUUGUGGAAAGUAUGCGUUGAACACCAUACCUUCUUCAGGCUCAUGAGUCCUGAGCCUGUCAAGAAGGUGGGUUUGAUACCUCAUUUGGGUUCUCGUUUCCGGUACUCGGGAAGAACUCAUUACGAAACGAAGAAGACCCCUAUCGAUAGACAACCGCCACAAUUUGAAAGAUCUUUGAGUGGUCGACGUCCCACGUCUCGCAGUAUGGACGCACUAGGUGGACCAAAACAAGUUGAAUCUUAUGGUUCAGAACCAAGUAAGAGACAUACGAUGAGCUAUGAACCAGAAAUGAUUCCUGACAUGGAGCAUAUAGAUCAACGGCCUAGUCCAAUUAAAAAGCAAAAGGAAAAGCUCACACGCAAAACAAGUGCUGGAACAACAUCAGCUAGCAGUACCAGUAGCCUGGAAGGAGAAUAUGACGCAGAUCGUGGCAAAAAGAAACCGGUCGGAGGAAUCGCGGUCCUACCGCCCGGUGGUCUAUCUAAGAAGAAAAAGGAUAAACAAAAUGAAAAUGAGAAGGAAAAUCAUAAUGAUCUCAACAAUUCUGAUUUGAUAAAUGAAAGUGCUCUUGACAACGACGUUAAGUCGCCCAGUAAGAAAGGGUUGAAAAAGAAAGAUAAGGAAACGCCAGAAAAAACAGAUAAAGAAAAGAAAGAAAAAAUAAAGAGUCCUGUUGGCGGCUUCCUAUUUGGCAAAAAAGAAAAGGAUUCGAAGCAGAAGAAGCAGAAAAAGAACAAAGAGCUUGAAGAAUCGAUGGAAAAGAGCGACACGGAGUCGAAUCUUUCCAUGUCGGAAAAGCAAUUGAAAUCGUUGAGUGAGAAAUCAAGUAGCGAACAAACGAAGACAAGUCCAGAGUCACCGCAACUGCCCAGCUACACAAAACCUUAUGACUACGAAGAAACUGAAACGUCUCCGACGAAGAAACCGUUCACGCCGCAUGGAUUCUCGUACGAGGAUAGACCUGCGUCGCCCGAAGUCCAAAAUCAGCAAUCGCCAACCGCUGCAAGUCGAAAAGCUACAGGCUUAGCUUUUAAUUACGCCCCUGGCGAAGAGAAGAAAGUGGCAGAGUCAGCGGAAAAGAGGAAAACCAAAGAAGCAGAAACUAAACCCCCGGCGGGAUUGAAAACUCCUGGCCUCAAUUAUGUGGAAUCUGCGGGAUUGAAAGAACAACAGAAAGCUGUAUCCAAGCCAGACCUAGAACAGAGUGCAUCAACGGCGCUUAUCGCUGCUGAAAAAGGUGCUUCUUGCCUGCCAGCUGUAGUUCAGUCACCCGUCACAGACUCCAAACCGGAGUACCACAUUCUGCCGCUUCCAGAUGGUUCUAAAAUUAUUGGAGGUGUUAUUUAUACCAAAGAUGGUAAACUGUUGGACCAACACAAUUUUGGGCCAGAGCACAGCAAAGUGUUGGGAGGAAAGAUUCAUGGAAAGGAUGGAAAUUUGGUUAAAAAGUCUGAAUUUGGCCCACAUGGAAUUUACAUUCACAAUGGCAUCGUUACGACUAAAGAUGGCAAACCGGUGAAUCAAGAGGUCUUAGGAGUUGAAACGAAUUUCGUCAAAGAUGGUGUUAUAUAUGGUUCAGAUGGACAAGUACUUGACCAGUAUCUACUGGGACUGGAACACGCAUUGCUUAAGGAAGGUAAAGUUGUGAUGAAGAAUGGAAAACCGGUACAAUACCAUAAACUGGGUACUAAUGGAACAUACGUAAAAGAUGGCCUUAUAUUUACUUCUGAUUCUAAGCCGCUCACUCAAGGAUCAUAUGACAUAGGUAGAAAUUACAUUGUUGGUGGAGUAGUGUGUAACGAGAAUGGAAAACCUUUGAAUCAAUUUGCUGUAAUACCUGAUGAAACGUACAUCUGUGAUGGAUUAGUUUAUGGAUCCAAUGGAACUGCAGUUUCUAAUGGCACCUUGGGUCAUGAAGGUCAUUAUAUAGCAGACGGAAAAGUUUACACCAAGGAUGGUAAACCAAUGAAACACGAAUCUUUUAGUUCUGAUGGGUCUGUCAUUAAAGAUGGUAUUAUUUACACAAAAGAUGGAAAGUUCUUAAAUCAAGGAUCUUUGCUUCCUAGUGGUGCUUACUUAAAGGAUGGCAAAGUUGUUACUAAAGAUGGGAAAAUAGUCAAACAUGCAUUUUAUAAGCUUGAUGGAAGUUUCAUAAAAGAUGGUAUUAUUCAUGGCAAAGAUGGUAGACCUUUGAGUCAGAUUCCUUUGUUGGCUGACGGAAGCUUCAUCAAAGAAGGAGUCAUACAUGAUAAAACGAACAAACCAUUGUCGCAGAAUCUUUUCAAACCGGAUAACAUUAUAAUUAAAGAUGGCAUAGUUUAUGAUACGAAUGGAGUAAUGUUAUCGGAUGCUAUGCUGGGACCAGAUGGCCUGAUGAUAAAAGAUGGAAUAAUAUUUGGCAAAGAUGGUAAACCUGUUAAGCAAGAAUCUUUCGGCUCAAAUGGAAAUUAUAUAAAGAAGGGUAUCAUUCAUUCAAAAAGCGGAAAACCUCUUAAUCAAGAUUCGUUCAUACCUGAAGGUACAUCUAUUAAAGACGGCAAAUUGUACAAUAAAGAUGGAAAGCUGUUAAAGUUCUCAUUUUUCAAGCCAGACGGAAGUUACGUUAAAGAUGGUCUUGUGUAUGGUAAAGACAAUAGACCUCUGAAUUUAUGUUCAGCACUUCCAGAAGACAGUUUUAUUGCAAAUGGGGUCAUUUUCGACUGUACUGGUACGCCUUUGGCUAGGAACAUGUUUGGAUCUGAUGGUUCGUAUGUCGCUGGUGGCAUAAUUCAUAACAAAGAUGGUAAGAUAAUUUCGGAGGGUGUUUUUGGACCUGACGGUAGUAUUAUAAAGAAUGGUUUGAUCAUUGGUAGAGAUGGAAAACCUUUAACUCAAGAUGACAAAGGACCAGACAAUUUAGCAAUAAAGGAUGGUAAAGUGGUUGAUAAUCAAGGAAAUCCUAAAAACUUAGCAUCACUUGUCCCAGAUGGCUGUUACAUUCAAGAUGGUGUAGUUUAUGAUAGAAACCAAUAUCCUCUGAAACAAGGAGCAUUCAAACCUGAUGGUAGUUAUAUCAGAGACGGUCUUAUAUAUGGAUGGGGUGGGCAGUUGUUGAACGUUGGCACUGAAUUACCUAAUGGAAGUUACAUACAAGAAGGUAGAAUUUACGGCAAAGACAAACAACCUUUAGAUCACAGCUCGUUUGGUACCGACGGAGGAUAUAUUGCUAACGGCUACAUUUAUGGAAAAGACAGGCAAUUACUUACUCACGGAACGUUUGGAAAUGACGGAAGUUACAUAAAAAAUGGAUUAUUAUACGGGUCGAAUGGAAAACCGUUGAACCGAAAACAGUCAGUAAUCUCUAUUACACUUGUCCGCUAUGGUUUGGUAUAUGGUACCGACGGUAAACCAUUAAAAUCUGGUAACUUUGAUGUCAAUGGAAGCGUCGUUAAAAAUGGAAGAAUAUAUGACCAUGCUGGUCAGCCUUUGAACCAGGCUUCUUAUAGGAAUGAUGGAAGCUUUAUCAAAGAUGGUCUUAUUUAUGGAAGUAAUGGAAAACCAAUGUCCCAAGGUAAUUUACCACCUGAGAAAAGUUUUAUUAGAAAUGGAAAGAUCUAUGAUUCCAAUGGUCAGUUGUUAACCCAAGAAGCUUUUGGACCUGAAGGUUUGAAAGUGGUACAAGGAGUUGUGGUAGAUAAGACUGGUAAACCAUUGAAACAAGGAAACUUUGAUGCAGAAGGGAACAUCAUUAAAGAUGGUAUUAUUUGCACGUCAGCAGGCAAACCUCUGGAUAAAUAUUUCACUGUAAUUACUAUUACUUUAGUCAGAAAUGGUUUGCUCUGCGACAAAGAUGGAAAACCGGUCAAGCAAGCACCAUUUGGAAGCGACGGUAGUUACGUUAAAGAUGGAAAGAUCCAUGACAAAUUUGGUAAAUUGAUGAAUCAAGAAAUCUUUGGAGACGAUGGGGCCUAUCUAAAAGAUGGUGUUAUAUACAGUCCUAUAGGACAACCUUUAGACAGUGAUACAAUUUUGAAAGAUAUGAAAGAUGCAACAAAGCCGGUUGCAACAAAAACGAAGAAAGUUAUAACUACAAAUACUACACCAACAAUAGUGAAAACGACGACUAAACAAUCAGUGGUGAAGGAUCAAGAAGGUGUGACGCAAAAUAUAGAAGAAAAAGUUGAAGAUCUUACACCUGGAGGCACUGGCCAAGUAACAGUUUCUACACAGAUUAACAAGGCAGAGGCACCUGAUGACGGUAGAGCUCCAUACAUGACAGCGACUGCUGUCACCACACGUACAGCUACAAUGCACGAGGAUCUUGAAAAAAAUCAAAAGACCAGUCAGGUAGAGGAAAAGACUGUAGCGCAUACAACAGCAACCAGUGCGACAAGACAGGAGCAGAGAGUAGUGACACAAGAAGUUCGAACAACCAGUCACGUGCUUUCCGGUGAACAGCUGUUCUCACGAAGGCUCAGUACAUCAAGUUCAAGCAGCGAUGAUUCAGGUACUCCAAUUGACCUUGAAGAUGAUCAGCAGGCUUUCUACAAUCAGUACUAUCAGGGUGAUCAAGCUGGUGUUGUUGAAACUGAAGCACAUGUUUACAAAGGAGAACCAGAACAUAAUGUGACUACAACUACUACAGUUCCACUAGUAGCAACUGAAACCAGAAAAGUAGCUGUUGAAAGUGAAGAUGGCAUGUACAGUGCGACUGGAGAAAUAGUCAGUUCUCAAACAAUAUCGAGUAAGACUCGUACAGUUGAGACAAUAACGUACAAAACUGAAAGAGAUGGAGUUGUAGAAACGCGUGUAGAGCAGAAAAUAACGAUACAAUCGGAUGGCGAUCCGAUUGAUCACGACAGAGCAUUGGCAGAGGCCAUUCAAGAAGCAACCGCUAUGAAUCCUGAUAUGACAGUAGAGAAAAUAGAAAUUCAACAGCAGACAGCGCAGUAACCAGAUUUAAAAACAGUUUUGUAAGAGAUUAAGGGCACUCUCGAGUCUAAAGCUUAAAAUUCUGAAAACUAGACAAUUAAAUCGAUACUCUCUGUAUCAUACAUUGACAUGCAUUUACGAUAUUGUAUGAUAAAUGAUCGAAUUGAAUCUUGCUAUCGUCAUCAAUUACUUAAGUGUUUGGCAGAUAGGGGAAAAUAUUUUCCUCUAAGAGUUGGAAACAUUAUUUCUUAGCAAAUGUUGUCCAUUAAUACGAGCUUGAACUUGAUUAAAAAUCGAGUUAUUACAAGAAAGCCGUGAGUGAUGUUUUCUUCUAAGAAAAAAAAUUGUGGUAUCUCGUACCAUAAACUGCAGUGUUCAUAUUCAGAAUAUGUAUUAUUUACAUAUACAGAGACGUAAAAUAUAUAUUAUACAUGUUAUGUAUACAUAGCGAUGUAUGUACGUAAAUAAAAUAAAUUUGUUUUAUAGUUCUAAUGAUAAGACAGAGUGCCCUAUAAACUUACAUUACUGUUUUAUAGUAAAUACAAUGAUAUUCAUGCGAUGUCUCCAGUAACAAGCAUAGUAUAUCAUAUAAAACUUGUUCAGGUGGUACACAGUAAAACAACCUUAUUAAGCUUAAUUUUUAUUUUAAUUUUUGCCGAUAUUCUGUUGUGACUUGAAUUUCUAUUUUUGAAAUAUCAACCUUUGAG